CCACUGAGCUACUAGAGCUUGUUGACUUACUUCAUAUUAAUAUCUAUAUAAAUCCUAAGUAUUAACUCUUUUGACUUGGCCGCCUAAACCCUAUUUGCGGAGUAGAGAAGAACUCUCAAGUUCUUCUUCAGAGAUGAUAUUAAACAGAAGCCUACGACUUCUCCCCCUCCUCCUCCUCUCUCGUCCUCUAAAGUCGUCUCCUUUCCUUCUCCCUCUCAGACUCAGACCCUUCUCCUCUGCUUCGUCUCCAAUGAAGAAGAACGGUUCUUCAAAGUCUUCUCCUUUCGAGUUCAACAAGAGAAGAGCUGAUGGGUUUGACGAAACAGGCAAGGCCAAGAAGAAUCUCGAGCGAAAAACACGCAAGCUUAAUCCCAACACUACUGCUUACGCACAGGUCCUUGGAACUGGAAUGGAUACGCAAGAUACAUCCUCUUCUGUUCUACUCUUCUUUGAUAAACAAAGAUUCAUAUUUAAUGCUGGAGAGGGCUUGCAACGUUUCUGUACAGAACAUAAGAUCAAACUAUCAAAGAUAGAUCAUGUGUUUUUGUCUCGUGUCUGCUCAGAGACUGCUGGUGGACUUCCAGGUCUUUUACUAACACUUGCUGGUAUCGGUGAAGAAGGCCUUUCGGUGAAUGUAUGGGGUCCUUCAGAUCUGAAGUUACUUGUUGAUGCAAUGAAGUGUUUUAUUCCACGUGCGGCUAUGGUUCACACACGGAGUUUUGGUCCCUCUAGUACACCUGAUCUUCCUACUGUUCUCGUGGAUGAUGAAGUCGUGAAAAUAUCCGCCAUUACCUUAGAACCACCUCGCUCUGAAGAAUCUUGUAGCAAAUCCGGUGAGAUCUCAGUUGUAUAUGUGUGUGAGUUAGCUGAGAUAAUGGGCAAGUUUGACUUGGAGAAGGCCAAGAAAGUCUUUGGUGUAAGGCCUGGUCCAAAAUAUAGUAAACUUCAGUGCGGAGAGUCAGUGAGAUCAGACGAAAAGGAUAUUACGGUUUAUCCGAGUGAUGUGAUGGGACCUUCAGUUCCUGGUCCCAUUGUUCUCCUUGUGGACUGUCCAACUGAGUCACACGUUGCACAACUCUUAUCAGCUAAGUCCUUGGAGAGAUACUGUUCUGGCGAUGGAGGGAAGUUGGUGAACUGUCUUAUACAUCUAAGUCCAUCUUCGGUAACUAGUAGUCCUACUUAUCAAAGCUGGAUGGAGAGGUUUCACUCGGCUCAGCACAUUCUUGCUGGACACCAAAGGAAGAACAUGGAGUUUCCAAUUCUGAAAGCAAGUUCAAGAAUCGCUGCAAGACUUAACUACUUAUGCCCACAGUUCUUUCCUGCUCCUGGCUUUUGGCCUCCUCAACAUGUUAAUAACUCAAUACUUGAUUCCACCCUUUCAGACCAGGAUUCAAAUCUUGGUAAAAGUAUAUCUGCUGAAAAUCUCCUCAAGUUCACUUUGCGUCCUUAUGCUCAUCUUGGGAUGGAUAGAUCUUGCAUCCCUCCUGAACUGACAUCCUCACAAGUACUAGAUGAGCUGCUUUCAGAAAUUCCUGAGAUUGAAGAAAAAACCGAAGAAAUCAAGCAGUUGUGGAAUAGACCAAACGACAUGACAGAGAGCAACACUGUUGUUCCAAGCUGUCUUGAAAACAUUAGGCGAGACGACAUGGAGAUUGUUCUUCUAGGCACUGGCUCUUCUCAGCCUUCAAAAUACCGAAACGUCAGUGCCAUUUACAUUGACCUAUUCUCUAAAGGUAGUCUUCUCCUAGACUGUGGGGAAGGAACCUUGGGGCAGCUCAAAAGAAGAUACGGUCUAGAUGGAGCUGAUGAGGCUGUUAGAAAACUGAGAUGCAUAUGGAUCUCUCACAUCCACGCUGACCAUCACGCCGGUCUUGCGAGAAUCUUAGCUCUCAGAUGCAAGCUUCUGAAAGGAGUGACUCAUGAGCCUGCUAUUGUGGUUGGACCGAGGUCGCUUAAACACUUUCUUGAUGCGUAUCAAAGACUGGAGGAGUUGGAUAUGGAGUUUCUUGAUUGUAGAAGCACCACAAAGACUUCUUGGGCUUCUUUAGAAGGCAGCAGCAAUGCAGAGAGUUCUUUGUUUAGUAAAGGGAGUCCUAUGCAGAGUGUCUUCAAAACUCCUAUGACGGAUCUGCCAUGUUUAAAGAAUCUGAAGAAGGUUCUUGGAGAAGUCGGUGUGGAGGAUUUGAUUAGUUUCCCUGUUGUUCAUUGCCCUCAAGCCUUUGGUGUCGUUGUAAAAGCAGCGGAGAGAUUGAACAGCGUUGGAAAACGUAUCCCUGGAUGGAAGAUGGUUUACUCAGGCGACACAAGACCUUGUCCUGAGAUUGUGGAAGCAUCACAAGAUGCAACAGUUCUUAUACACGAGGCAACGUUUGAAGAUGAUUUGAUAGAUGAAGCGUUGGCAAAGAAUCACAGCACGACCAAAGAAGCAAUAGAUAUGGGAUCAUCUGCAGGUGUGUAUAGGAUUGUUCUGACGCAUUUUAGCCAGAGAUAUCCAAAGAUUCCUGUGAUUGACGAGUCACAUAUGCAUAACACUUGCAUCGCCUUUGAUUUGAUGAGCAUAAACGUGGCGGAUCUGCAAGUGCUUCCUGAGGUUUUACCAUAUUUCAAGACGCUGUUUAAAGAUGAGAUGAUUGAGGAGGAUGGUGAUGAUGUCGCCGUGGAUGAGCUAAAGGAAAACGCUUUGUGAUAAUUAUUCAUCAAAGAGUGCAAUAGGUUAACUCUCUUUACUUCUUGUUAGUUUGUUCAAUUGUUUGAGUUUUGUAGGAUUAAAACAUUGUUGUUGUCUUGGUCUUGGAAGAAAAGCAAGAUGUACACAAGUUUUGAAAAUGUUUUGUGUUAUAGUUUUUUACUUUACUUGCAUUUAGUAUAACAAAAUAAUUCACUAUGAAUCUUGUUUGAAUUGGGAUUUUGAAACAAGAGAAUGUAGGAAACUAUGUUAACAUUCUCAUUAGAAAUGUUGUAACUCUACUAGUUAACUUUUGCAUCUAUACAAGAAAGUAUACCUUUA